CCAUUCAUCUUUGCAUUGUGUUCACAGUUGCUUCUCAUUUCUCCUUAAUUCAAAUCCCUUUUCUCUAACCCUUAUUAUUCUUCCCUUUGCUUUUCUUCUAUAUCUGAAAAUAGUUAUCAAAAUGGCAGAAAUGGGAAAAGUUAUAAAAUGCCACACUCUUGCCUCAUGGAACCAACAACUCCUCAAAGCCCAACAAUACAACAAGCUGCUUGUCGUGAACUUUACUGCAAAAUGGUGUGGUCCAUGUCAUGCCAUGGCUCAUGUUCUUGAAGAAUUAGCAAAGAAGAUGAACAAUGUUAUUUUUUUGAAAGUAGACAUUGAUGAACUGAAUACUGUGGCGAAUGAGUUUGAAGUGACUGCCCUUCCUUCAUAUCAUUUCUUGAAGAAUGGGAGAUUGGUUGAAAAAUUCGAAGGUGCAAAGAAGGAUGUACUGAAAAGCACUGUAUCCAAACAUGCCACAUGAAGUAGCACUCUACCAAAUGGUUUACUUUUCUUUAAUCGUUUUUGUUUUUUGUUUUGGGACACCUACAAAGGAUUGAUUUGAUCAACCAUCAAUAACAAUGCUACAAAUUCAGACAUCCAUAAAUGAUAAUAAGAAUUCAGCCCGAUUAUGUAUUGUUAGUUGAUUUGGAAUUGGAUCUAUAGUUUAGGUUUU